AUGGACACAGUCAAUGACACUGUCCCAGAUGGUUUCAUCCUUCUGGGUUUCUCAGAUAACCCCAAGCUGGAAAAGACCCUCUUUGUGGCUGUCAUUAUCUUUUACAUGAUCACACUCAUGGGAAACAUCAUCAUAAUACUCCUGUCCCACACCGACCCUCACCUGCACACCCCCAUGUACUUCUUCCUCACCCACCUCUCCUUCCUGGACCUCUGUUUCACCAGCAGCUGCAUCCCCCAAAUGCUGGUCAACCUCUGGGGCUCCGACAAGACCAUCAGCUACCUGGGGUGUGCGGCUCAACUCUACAUCUUCCUGGGACUGGGAGCUGCGGAGUGUGUGCUCCUGCUCGUCAUGGCCUUUGACCGCUACGUGGCAGUGUGCCGACCUCUGCACUACGCGGCCAUUAUGCGCCCACACCUGUGUCACAGGUUGGCAUGCCUGGUCUGGGCAAGUGGGAUUUUUGGCACUUUGGUGCAGUCCCCCACCACCAUGAAGCUGCCCUUCUGCCAUCAUCGCCAGGUAGAUGAUUUUGUCUGUGAGGUCCCUGCACUGAUCCGCCUGGCCUGCGGAGACACGCGUGUGAAUGAGCUCCAGAUCUCGGUGGUCGGUGGCAUCUUCCUGAUGGGGCCACUUCUGCUCAUCCUCGUCUCCUACUGCCGCAUUGUCCAGGCAGUGGUGGCCAUCCAGUCCCAGGAGGGGCAGAUCAAGGCCUUACGCACCUGCUCUUCCCACCUGGUGGUCGUCUUCCUCUUCUACUGCAGUGUCACUGCAGUCUACAUCAGGCCUCGGAGCCAUUUUUCCCAGAAGGGAGGGAAAUUCCUGACUCUUUUCUACACAGUGGUGACCCCCACUCUUAACCCUCUCAUCUACACCUUGAGGAACAAAGAUGUGCAGGGAGCUCUCAAGAGGCUCCUUGGAAAAGACAGAACAGCAGGUGGGUAAUGGGGGGCUCAAACAGGGGGUGGUCAGCUCUUGCCCUGGUCAGUCACUCACAACAUGACUAACCUGUGGUAUGGCAC